GUCCGAGCAGUGAGUAUAAGCAUGGGUGCCAUGCUUAUACUGAGCAAAAUUAAGAUAUAUCUGCUCUCAGUUUCAGAGAUUAAGCGAUGAGCAAGAAGAGAGUGUUGGUGGUGGGCGGCACAGGCUACUUGGGACAACAUUUGCUGCAAGGAUUCUCAGAUAUCAAUGGCAGCCCUUACGACGUCGCAUUUACUCACCACUCCUUCCCUCCCCCUCACUCUCUGCUCCAUGCCUUUCCUUCCUCUCUCGCCUUUCCCCUUGAUUUAAAGACUGGGCAUGGAUUCGAUGGAAUUUCUCGCAGAUUUGGUCAGCCUCAUGUGGUCGUAAAUUGUGCUGCCUUGUCUGUGCCUCGGGCCUGUGAGGCGGAUCCUGGAGCUGCUAUGUCUAUUAAUGUGCCUUCUUCUCUUAUUGGCUGGUUGUCGAGCUUUAAUGAGAAGACUACCCUUUUGAUCCAUCUUUCUACCGAUCAAGUAUAUCAAGGCGUGAAGUCCUUCUAUAAGGAAGAAGAUGAAACCAUUCCCGUAAAUGUUUAUGGAAAAUCAAAAGUUGCAGCAGAGCAGUUUAUUUAUGAAAAGUGGCCAAACUUUGCAAUCUUGAGAAGUAGCAUCAUCUUUGGGCCACAAACUAUCUCACCUGUUCCGAAGUCUCUUCCAAUUCAGUGGAUUGAUGGUGUCCUCUCCAAAGGAGAUAGAGUGGAAUUUUUUUAUGAUGAAUACCGCUGCCCGAUAUAUGUAAAGGAUGUUGUGGCUAUCAUACUAGCUCUGGCACGUAUAUGGUUAUCAGGUGGUAAAGAUAUGCAGUUACUGCUAAAUGUUGGUGGACCAGACAGGGUUUCUCGUGUUCAAAUGGCAGAGGCUGUGGCAAAAAUAAGAGGAUACAACACCUCCUUGAUAAAGCCUGUAUCUGCAUCCUCAGUUAAUCGUGGUGUCAUCUCCCCAAGUGACAUAUCAAUGGACAUUACUAAAUUGGUUCAAACAUUAGAUAUCACGCCAACCCCAUUUGUAGAUGGUGUUAAAUUGACCCUGGAAAUUGAAACUUGGUAAUUGAUUUUACGAAAAUAUUGUGUGUUCCUGAUACUGUCUUUUACAAAGCUGAUUGCAGUUGCAGGGCAUUAUUAUGGGAGAGGAAUACCCAGAAAUUAUACAGAAUUUCAGAUAUUACAAUGUUAAUUUUAGUACCCUGUAUCUUGGAAGACUUAAAUUCAUUCUGAUUCUUCUGGUGGUUCUGGUGUAAUCAAAAUGUUGCAAGUAAAAUGUCAGGAAAUCUAAUCAUUGAGCCUUUAUA